UUUGAAGAAAUUACCACAUGUUCCCGAUUUAAAGAGGAUCGAAUAAAAGAUUUUGUUCAAGGAGAAGCCACAAACGGAAUUCGAGUGAAACUUGAAAAAUUCAUCACAAAAGAAAAAAAUGAUGAAUGGGUAGUUUCAUUUAUAGUUUUAAAUUAUGAUAACAAGUCUUACGUGCCCGAACCAAAAUCUUUCAAAGAAUACAUUUUGGUUGAAGAUACUGCAGAGGGAGCCCUUGAGGCCAUCCGUUUUUCUGAUAUGAAAUAUAAAGAUAAAUUCUGGGGCUAUCCGUUAUCAGUUCUCGCUCUUGUAGAGGUUGAAAAUAAUCCUAUACACAAGAUCAAAUUAAAAGGGAAAAUCAAGAAGACGAUAAAUGUUGGUUCGACGUAUCGUCUAUAUAAAAGAUAUAUCGAUUUCAAUACAGAUAAGAUUCUAAAAGCGCUUAUCGAAAUUGAUGAGCAGUCAAGUUCUUUGUUCCUGAAUCUUUUAAAAGAUCCAAAUGAAUGGGGAUCUUCUAUAUUUGAAGAGCAUUCAAAAGAAUUAAAGACCACUGCAAAGAAACUGCGAGAUUCCUUUGGAAUGUCACCAUCACAAAAUGAAAUCUCCGAAAGUUCGUUGGAAAAAAGGCUUCAAAUUGUCUGGGGUCCACCAGGAUCUGGAAAAACUCAUUUCCUCGCGUUAUUUAUUACAUGGUACCUGACUGCAAUAAAACCUCAGCCCUCAGGAAAUAAUAAAAAUUUUAUUAUUGGGAUUACAGCUUUUACCAGAACUGCUAUAGAUAAUUUAUUGGAGCGUAUCGCUCGAAUCAAAGAUAUGAAACAGGCUGAUUUUUUAUUGGCUCGAAUGGUUAGUGAAUUAAAUGAUGAUAGUUCACUUGAUGAUGUAGAAGAUUACAAAGCCGAAAAACUACAAAAAAAACUAGAAAAGAAACCACAAAGGAAAGUCGCAAGGUCUAAUAUUCCUGAUAAACCUAUUGUUAUCGGAGGUACAGUAUGGGACUGGUUUAAGUUCCGUAAAAAUUGGGAGGACUGGACGGGUUGUGAUAUUAUGAUUAUAGAUGAAGGAUCGCAACUCUUAGCUUCGGACGCUUGUGUCGUCAUAGAAAAUUUGAAUCCGAGACAUGGAAAAUUAAUUAUUGCUGGAGAUCAUAUGCAACUUGGGCCCAUUAUUCAGAAUACAUACCCCGUUUUUUCGGAUAAUCAUCCACUUAUUUUAGGAUCAAUUCAACAAUGUUUGAUGAGAAAAGAGGAUGGAUCUAUUUUUAACGAAGAAGACUUCUUUCACAAAAGAGGACAAAACCGCGAUUUUGGCCCGUGCACACUUAAGCUAAGAGAUAAUUGGAGAAUGAAUGAUGAACUCAAUAGCUUUUUCCAAAAAAUAUAUGGUGAUGAUUAUAUUUCAAGGCAUCCCUCUUUAGAAUUGGAUUUUAAAGAUGAUAAACUUUCACAUAUAGAAGAUCCAAUUAUAAGAAAAAUAUUAUUACCUGGAACAGCGAUUAAUUUGGUAAAGUUAUCGUUAAAAAAUCAUGAGGUUAUCGAAUUUCUUUCUGAUAAAAUUUUACGAGAAGAAGCAAAUGCUGUGGCUAAAAUAGUUUCAGCAUAUUUUGAUGCACCUCGUCAAGAGUCAGAUAAGCCAUCUUUGUUUAUUGUUACACCACAUCAUCGUCAACGACAUGCCAUAAAAUCUAAAGUUACUAAAUAUUUAUCUAAUCCUGAAAUCAACUUGAAUAUAAAUACUGUUGAAAAAAUGCAAGGACAAGAAGCAGAUCUUGUAAUCGCAUGUUUCGGAUUUCUCGACGCUAAUGAAAUUGCUCGAGAAUCCGAUUUUUUAUUUGAUCGAAAUCGUUGGAAUGUGGCAAUAAGUCGAGCAAGAUGUAAAGUCAUAUUGUUAACUACCGAGGAAAUACUAUACCCGAAAAGUAUGGAGAUAUUUGCAAAUAAAAAGACGUCAGAAGGAUGGGUAUAUGUUUCCAUGAUAGAAUCCUGGGUUCGACAAAAAGGCAAAGAGAUUAUCGAGUGGGUAGUUGAUGAACAACCUGUAGUAUAA